AUGGCCCCUAAUGCCGGCGGUUCGUGGCCCUUACUCUCGGUCACCUCCACCUCUUGGGUGGUCCCCUCCCUGCCCACUUGGUCCUGGCUCGGAUGGCUGACAAGUAUGGCCCGAUCUUCACCAUCAGUUUGGGCCUCCGGAAAGCCAUGGUGGAACGCUUGGGCAGUCGCCAAGGAAUGCCUCACCACCAACGACCCCGCACUUGCCACCAGGCCCAAGUCUGUGAGUUCGGAGGUCAUGACCUACAACUAUGCAAUGAUAGGUUUCAGCCUAUACGGCCCGUACUGGCGCCAGGUGCGAAAGAUUGUGACCCUCUAG